AGAGUAGCCUACUGAUCUGCUCACAUCCACACCUCAAAAAGGUAACAGAGCAACAUCGUGGGAAAACUGUAGACACACGCUUGUGAUACAGGUCGUCGUUCAUUGACCAGCACCAUGAUAAGGCAUGAUCUGGAUAUGACCGAGGUGGUCAACCGCAAGAGACCAAAGUCUGUUCUGGAUGUGAGGUUUCUGAAUCACCAGGAGGACAUUAUUCUUCAACACAAACUGACCCUGUUAGACAUGAGGCACAGGUACACCCUCAGAGUUCUGUGUCAGGAUAGAAUCUCACUGAUGAUGGAACACAGGAAACUACUACUUCUCAAAGUCUGUGAACCUUGUGCCACUAUCAACAAAACCAUGAAAGAGAUAUCCGAAACUAAAAAGGCAAGGAUGGAUCGUGCCGUCUCUGCCUCUGACAACAGACGGUUGAAAUCCAGUAAAUCCCUUUCCAUCGACAGAGGGAAACUAGUCUCAUGUUGGCAGACAUCAAACAGUAAUGUCAUUGUAGAGAAACCUAGAAUGGUUGGGGUUGAGGCUAGAGGAACAUCAAUGCUGAGCUUGAGGAGAUCUCAGUCAGCACAGCCCAAAACUGUACACACUGCCAAUCACAGAGAGACAGAGACAGGACACUCUGCCAAGCACAGAGUGACAGAAACAGCACACUCUGCCAGGCACAGAGCGACACAAGCAAGGGCAGGGCACUCUGCCAAGCACAGAGAGACAGAGACAGGACACUCUGCCAAGCACAGAGCGACACAAGCAAGGGCAGGACACUCUGCCAAGAACAGAGAGACACAAGCAAGGGAAGGGCACUCUGCCAAACACAGAGACACAGAGGCAGGACACUCUGCCAAGCACAGAGAGACAGAGACAGGACACUCUGCCAAGCACAGAGAGACAGAGACAGGACACUCUGCCAAGCACAGAGAAACAGAGGCAGGACACUCUGUCAAGCACAGAGUGACAGAGACAGGACACUCUGCCAAACACAGAGAAACAGAGGUAGGACACUCUGCCAAACACAGAGACACAGAGGCAGGACACUCUGCCAAGCACAGAGAAACAGAGGUAGGACACUCUGCCAAGCACAGAGAAACAGAGGUAGGGGCAGGGGUGUUUUCUAUCAUGCAGCUGAGGCAAAUAUCCACUAUCGACUGUAUCUCAGAAAAGGAGCUAGCCAGCCAACAGCAACAUGCUAGAGGAGAGAAGGAGAGACUCAAACAAUGUCAGCAGGAUAUGCUAAGCCAGAAAAUAAUCAACUUUCUGAAAAAACUUGACAACACUUGUAAUGAGCAGAUAGAAACAUGACAGAGGUAUUGCUUUCACUGGUUAUACCACUUUGAGAAACCUGAUCUUCAUAUCGUGUUUCAUGUAGACUAUUUUGUUUCCUAGUAACCUUUGUGAAGUAAUUAUCCACUUUUGAAAGACUGUAAAUGCAGACCAUCAGGUUUCCUCUGUGAGGUAAAUCUCUGGUAGCUUAGUGGAAUAGUGCCACUGCUUUUAGUUAACUGAUGCAGUCAAAUAAAUCAAGACAAGACCAAUUUAGCUUCGC